AUAAAGAUAUCAUCAGGACUUUUUUUUCUUUUUUCUUUUUUUUGCAGUGUUGUAGAGAAUUUUGAAAAACUCACAUUCUCACUGUGGCAGUUUGACGCAGUGCAGCAGCAGCAGGAGCAGUGCAGGAGGGACUGGUUGGUGAGAGACACAGCAGGAUGCAGAGAGCAGUGAUUCUGGUUUCUGUGCUGGUCCUGGGAUCAGCCUGGACCCUCCAGGGGGCCCAUGUGCUCCCAGAAUCUCUUACCCUCACACAGGAGAACUUUAAUCUGAGCCAGUUCAUGGGGCAGUGGUACGAGCUGGCAGUGGUUUCUACCUGUCCUCACUACAUGAAGCGCAAGAGGGGAAACCCCGUCAUUGUUGCACUGGAGCUACAACAUGUUGCUUCUGAGAGCAACUUCACCAUGACGGCCACUAGUUUCAGAUUAUGCUUUGACCAACACUCCAGGACGAUUCUUCCACCAUAUUGCCAAUCUGCCACGCAGCAUAUUGGCAACACUUUCCUUUCCACAGGGUUUGGAGCAGAUGUUCAUACCUACGUGGUUCAUUCCAAUUAUGAUGAGUAUGCAAUGAUGCUUCUGCUGAGCACUGAGAAACCAUCAGGAAACGAAACCACCACAGCCAAGCUUUAUAGUCGAACAAUGGAUGUGACUCCUGCGGUGAUGGACAACUACAAAACAUUGGUGAGACAACUUGGAAUGACUGAUGGCGCUAUCAUCAUGAAUCAGAACAAAGGCGAGUGUGUUCCAGGUGAUCCGGAGACAGAGCCAACUACUCAGCCUCAGAUUUCUGUUGCCAAGAGGUUGAAGAGAAAGGUGGUGCCAGCUGUGAACUCUGGCAAUUUUUAACCACAUGGACAAAUGAUUCGUUAUUUAAUGGUCACGUCACUAUAAACUCUAGUGUUUACUGUUUGUAUCAAAUUUUCUUCAGAAUUGUACGCUCACUCAGUCUCCCACGGGUCACAUACGGUAGCCCAUGGGAGCAGUAAUGUACACCUGUAAACUAAUACUUAAAAAUACUACAGGGUCCUUUUUGUCCCCGUCUAUGUAUUCAAGGUGAGGAUAAGGAGAAGUUAAUAUAUAUUAAUAAAUGUAUGUUUACUGUAAGACUGCACAAGGUGAGAGGUCAUGUGGACAAACUGAAGAGGAGGGUCAUCACACAAACACUCACAAGACAAUCACGUUGUCACAUCUUCAAUGGGAAAAACAACUGUUACUGUCACUGGUACUGGUUUCCUACAAAUGCAGUGCAAAUUGUAUGAAUAUGUUUCUAUAUCAUUGUUUCAUUGUGAUAUUGCAUUUUUCAUAUAUAUGAAAUGUAUUAAUCUAAAUUAAUUUGUAAUAAAAUGAUUCAGUGUUUA